GCCCAAUCUUUUUCAUUUUAUUCUUACCCACUUCCUCCACGGCUCCCCCACCCCACCAAAAGGCCCGUCUGCGGCGUCCCUUCUUCUCACUCUCUCCCAAUCCUUUCCGACGCCGGUGUAGUAGCCAGCUAACCAUUCUUCCGACGCCGGCUUAGCCUUUGUCACUCCCCCAAUCCCAGGCCAACAGCGCUCCCUUUCCUUUCAUUCUCUCCCGAUCAUUUCUGGGUUAGUCCCUCUCUCACUCGUCGAUCAUUUCUGCUCAAGGCAAUUCGGUUUUUUUCUUUGACAAAAGGAGAAGAAGUGGCGAUGAAAGGUGUUGGAAGAUUGAUCAGGCGAGCUAUGCUUCACCGGCAAACAUGCCAAUCUCUCUUCCCUUCCCAGUUAAUCUCUCGCCGUCUCAUAUUCUCUUCUUCUAUAACGCCAUCCUUGUUGGUGGUUGGAAACCCAAGCCAUGUCCUUUCCUCCAAUUUUGAGUCGUUAACAUCUUCCUUGCUUCCUCUCAAAUGGACCCAUUUUAGAGGGCAAAGGAGGAGCAUGUUUAUCCAAACUCAGUCGACACCCAAUCCUUCAUCUUUGAUGUUUUAUCCAGGGAAAACGGUUAUGGAAGUUGGGAGUGCUGAUUUCCCAAAUGCUCGUUCUGCCAUGAAUUCGCCAUUGGCCAAGGCCUUGUAUGGAACUGACGGCAUUACUCGAGUUUUCUAUGGAUCAGAUUUUAUCACUGUAACAAAGUCUGAUGAUGCUUCUUGGGAUCUCCUCAAGCCAGAAAUUUUUGCUGCAAUUAUGGAUUUUUAUUCCUCUGGACAGCCAUUGUUUCUAGACUCAAAAAGUGCAGCAGCCACGGACACUGCAAUUCAUGAGGAUGACUCUGAAACAGUUGCAAUGAUCAAAGAGCUGCUGGAGACUCGAAUUCGACCAGCAGUGCAAGAUGAUGGUGGGGAUAUUGAAUAUCGGGGAUAUGACCCGGACACAGGAAUGGUGAAAUUGAAAAUGCAAGGAGCAUGCAGUGGCUGCCCAAGCUCAUCUGUCACUUUGAAAUCUGGCAUUGAGAAUAUGCUAAUGCAUUAUGUACCUGAGGUCAAAGGUGUGGAGCAAGAAUUAGAUGCUGAAGAUGAGGAUGCUACAUUAGCUGGUCAGAUGGAGUAG